UGGUUUUGGAACAUCUUCAAACUAAACAUUUCAAUUUGAAAAUUCAUUUUAAAAAAAUUUGAAACUCACGUAAUAUGCAGGAAAUCCUAGAAUUUUAACACCAUGAUAGCACAGAGAAACACUUUUCAUUUUUGGAAUAUGCCUUAAAAUAGGUAAAACGUAGUAAAAAUAAUUACAAGAUACGCAAAAGUUAGAUAAAAUAAAAACAAAUGACGAAAACGAAACGAUUAAAUUUUUCCCGCUUCUAUCAUGUAACUGGCCAAAAAUGAAAAUGCAUCUAUAAUAAAAGGCAAAAUGUACAUUAUCCACGCGUGUAAAACGGUGUCUUAAAUAGUUCGGACUCGGUAACUAUGGCAACCGAAUGUCAAAAUACCGAUGUUUACUAUUACUACAAGGGUAGAAAAUCAAAGCUAACUCAAAUGGAAAUAAUGAAUAUGCUAUAUACAAAAAGAAUCACCUCUUUCAUGAGUUUAAAAAAAAAGACUGAAUCUGAAUAGUGCCUAUGAUUUAAUAGUACAAACCAGUUAUUAUACAGUGAAAAGUUUUGUCAAUACAUUGUUCGCGUCAUUGUCUUCGCCGGAACAAAUACCAGAACUCUUUCCUUUGUUGUGUUAAUAUUCAAUAUGGGUGCUAAGAUUUCGCUUCUCGAAACUAGGUGACGAUGGAAGAUGGUUUUUAUCAAAGUCCAAAGACAUCGUCAAUACAAAGAAAGUCCAAGAAAUGUUUAGCUCACAUAAGUCCGGAGAAGCUAACAUUUUCCGGCAACUUCACAUUAGACCACAGACUGUUUGACAUUCAGGGUACACCAAAACGAGCCAGUAUGAGACGAGAUAUACUCAACACUGUUAUUAAGAGAACAGAGUCGAAGCUACUGGAGGGCACUGAUGAAGUUCCCUGUAAGCUGGUUGAUGAGAACCCUUUGUAUGAGGAUCCUCGGGAUGUUAUUGCUGGCGAGAAGCCUCCCAAGCCUCCACGGAAGCGCAACAUACAAGCCGUAGCAAUAACCUCGCCCCGGCCGAGUCGGGAGAGUAAGUCGCUCCUCAAAGAACAGAAGAAGAAGCUAUCCAAGAAGUACGAGGGGCUCAUCACCACUCUUAUUAGUAGGUGUGAGGAGAGCGUCAUCACGAUAUCCGAAAAAGACGCCUACAUCUUAAAGCUAAAAGACAAGCUGAAGGCAGUCCUCGAGUACAACAAACUAUUCGCAGAAGAGAACGACCAGCUGAAGAAACAAUACUCGACCCUCGUGCAAUAUGUGGAGGAGUGCAAGACGGCGCUCAAGGGGGAGAGAGAGAGGAAUAGCGAGCUGGAGGCUAGGUGUAAGGAGCUCGGCGAUAGGGUCAAGCAGUUGGAUGUACCUGACAAAGAUCGCGUGGAAACAGCGAUCCCACUAGUGGAAGUAUGCAUGAGCUGCAGCAGUCGUCAAAUCCUGCUGACGCAGGCGCGGGAGCACACACACAGGAUGCAGAGAGACAUGCAAGCGCUCAAAGAUGUGCUUUACAGAUUAAAUGUGCAACUGUCGAGAUACCAGGAGAAGCUCCGCGCCAAUAUACAAAACCUGGCGACAGACAACAAGGCAGACAAGUUCGAUCUGGACUCGCUCAUCACCACCAGUCUUGGGUACAAAGGAGCAGUUGGCAACACUGACGAUGCUCAUUCGAAGAGCGGGACGGAAGAUCAACCGCAAACCUCCAGGGUUGUCGAUCUUUCUGGGCUAUUGAGUGCUCAGGCUUUAGCACCUCUUUUCGACGCAUAUCAAGAAAACCUACAAGAGAAAGACACCCUCAUUCUAGACUACGAGAAACAAUUCGAAAACAUCAACAAGAAAUCCAAACAGAUCGUGUCCGAGAACAAAAACUUACUCAAAAAGGUGACAACCCUAGAAUCGGAGCUGGCUCAAGUGAGACAGAGCUACAAGAAACUGGGCGUGGAGAAAGAGACGGGCGAUAUCGAAAGAGCUACGUUGUUGGAGAGAGCUGAGAGGGCGGAAUCCAAGUUGAAAGAAGUUUACGAGUUGUAUGAAGAUAAGAUGGCAGCCAUGAUGCGUGACUACGAGACUGUCCAUCGCGAGUACUUCACUCUCAAGCACGCCCUGGAAGCGUCGGACAGCAAGAUGGCGGCGCUGGACGCGCUGCGCGCGCGCACCGUGCCCGCCGACCUGCACGAGCGCCGCCUCGACCACUGCAAGCGGUUGUUAGAAGAGCUGAAACACCAGUACAGCAUGGAGAACGACCGCAAAACCGAGCAAGUGGCCAAGUUGCAGCAACAGUUGCGCGCCGCCGAGGAGCGUUGCGGCAACGCGGAGAAAGAGCUGCUCACUGCCAAGGAGGAGUUGACUGCGGCGCUUAAGAAUGUUAGGCUAUAUCGCAAAGCGGCGGUGAUAUUCCGUCAUCGUAUGCGCAGCGCGGCGGCGUGCGCCACCAAGGCCAAGCGCUCCGUCAGUUCGCAACACGCCGAGCCGCUCAGGAGAGCUCUCGACACGCUGGAACGGAUCAAAAGAGAGAUAAAGGAAGUGAAAUCCCGCGCUCACUCAUCUCUCGAGGAGCUAGAGCGUCGCAUAGUGGAUCAGGAGCGGCGCGCGAGCUCCGCCCAGAUCGAGUACCGGCGCGAGCUGGAGCGGGCUAAUCUCGCGCUGGAGCACAAGGAGGGCAUCAUCAGGAGCCUCAUAGACAAGGUGGCCGACGUGGAGGAGGUCAGGCUAAGUCAAACCAACGCGCACCGACUGCAGGGUAUCGUGUCGGACUCGUCGCCGGAGCGGAGCGCGUCCGACCGACCGGACCGGACCGGCGUUAAGCUCGUGCCCGGCCCUGGCGGAUACUUUCAAGAGGAUCGGGGGAAAAAGAAGGGCAAAGGAUAAGGACAGAUAAAUGAUCGGGACUCUUCUAAGGAUAGGUAUUAAAAUACUAAUACAUUAGAACAUUACAUAGGAACCCAUAAGACGCAAAAUAUCCAGCUAUUAAAGAAUCCUUCAGGUUAUAUGUAGAUCAUCGUUGUCACAGGUAACUGGGCUGUUAUAAAUCAUAUUGCAAACGAGAUAAGGUCUGUUAAUGUUUAGUAAAGUUGACAGGUUAUAGCUGUUGAUAGCCUUCUGCAUAUUAAAAAAGAAUUCCAAUAACUCGAGGGACGUAAAUGUCGUAAAUUCUAACAUACUUUUACCUACUGUACAUAUUUAUCUACGCUUGAAAAUGUUUUGCUCAUUACGUGAAA